AAAUAAGACUGAAUCAUACUCAACACAUGAAAUAAAUCACUUACAAAAAUGUAGUGCAGUGUGCUUCAACACAAAUGUAGUGUAGUGUGCUUCAACACAAAUGUAGUGUUUUAAAUGCGUAGUCUACCAGAAUCCUGAACUACAGUCAAUGUUAUUGGCACUGGCCUGGGACGCUCGAGGUGAUUCUUCUUAAACUUCAUUAGCUAAGUUCUCAACUUCAACCUUACAAAGCUGACAGUCGUGUACUGCAGAACUUAUCUGACAAAUGGCAGAUCGGUGGCAAGAUUGUAUGGAAAUUGGAAUCGCUGUGGCCAGACAGGCUGGGGAGGUGAUAUGUGAAGCUUUAAAAAAUCAAAUAUCUGUGAUGUCGAAAAGUUCCCCGGUAGAUCUGGUAACAGAGACUGAUCAAAAGGUGGAGUCAAUGAUUAUAUCUUCAAUCAGAGAGAAAUUUCCAACUCACAGUUUUAUUGGAGAAGAGUCAGUGGCAGCCGGAGCAGCUAGCAAACUGACAGACAACCCCACUUGGAUAAUCGACCCGAUUGAUGGGACCACAAACUUUGUGCACAGGUUCCCAUUUGUGGCAGUUUCUAUAGGAUUUGCUGUCAACAAACAAAUCGAGUUUGGAAUCAUUUACAGCUGUGUUGAGGAUAAAAUGUACACAGGAAAAAAAGGGAAAGGAGCAUUUUGUAAUGGAGAGCAGCUAAAGGUAUCAGGACAGGAAGAUAUAACCAAAUCCCUUAUAUUAACUGAAGUGGGAUACAAGCAAAAUCCAGACAUUGCGAAAACAAUGUUUUCCAACAUGGAAAGACUUGUGUGUAUUCCAGUUCAUGGUAUUUUGCUUUGUUCCAGUAUCCGGGCUGUUGGAACAGCUGCAGUUAAUAUGUGUUUGGUAGCUACUGGAGGAGCUGAUGCCUAUUACCAUAUUGGAAUCCACUGUUGGGAUAUGGCAGCAGGAGCUGUUAUUGUUACUGAAGCUGGUGGUGUUGUAAUGGACAUUAAUGGAGGACCGUUUGAUUUGAUGUCCCGAAGGCUGAUAACAGCUAGCAGCAAAGCCAUUGGAGAAAGAAUAGCGAAAGAGAUUCAGGUUUUUCCGUGUGGACGGGAUGAUGGGAAGGAUUGAGAUAAUAUACUUGUAUUUGUAUUUGUAUUAAAUAAUAUUGCACUUAUUACAUUUAAUGAACAUAAACUGUGCUUGAACUUUAAUAAACCUUUAUUUGGUUAUGAUAAAA